UAAGUUCCAAUAGACCUAAAAGAGUUUUAAGCGUUCUGUAUAAAAAAAAAAUUGACUCCGAAAUUAAUUAAAAAUAAUAUAAGAACAUUCGAGUGGUUCCUGCUUUAAUUCAAAAUCUACGUUUAUUGAAUCUAUUUGAUCUACGUUGUAACUAGCAACUUGCCGGUCUACCAACGAGAAAGAUGGCAUUUUUUACGACAUCCUCUAUUUGUUUGAAAGUUAUUUUACUUCAAGUUAUAUUAAUCAAUGUGGCAAGUUCAAUGGUGGUAGACAUUGAUGAAUAUUCAAGGCCUUCAAAUGAAAAUAUAUUGACACUGUUUAACAAGUUUUUAGAGGAAAUAAACAAACGUCGUAUUUUUGAAUCAUCUAACAACAGAGUAGAGCAGAUUAAAAAUGUGUAUGAUGAAUUGCCGUUAAUGCUACCUAGUCAUAAUAGAAUGAUACAAACCUUUGAAAAAUCAAUCAACAGUGAAAAAAAAAAUGAAAAAUAUUUGAUGCCUCCUUUGUAUCAGGAAAAUUCCGGCUAUAAUAACAUUGGUUAUGAUAGCAGUGGAAAAGACAAACGACGUUAUGAAACAAUAUGUCAUUUCAAAAUAUGCAAUAAAAAGUAAAUACGGAUCGAUUAUGGAAUCCUUUUUAAAGUUGAAUCUGCCAAAAUGAAGCAGAAACAUGUAGCUAUUUUUUUGUUUAUUAUAUUUUACGAUUAACUGUUUAAAAAAUGUAGUUAAUGUAUAGUAACUUGUAUUUUAUUGUUGUU